AUAACUUCUAUAAAAGUCGGCAAAAUAAACAUAUCAAUCUCUUUGAUUAUCAUUUUCUGCCGCGUGUAGAAGUAAUUCAAAAUGAUUAAAGUUGUGUGUUUAGCCCUCUUUAUGUCGUUUGUAACUGCUAAUAUUGAGAUUAAGGUACAUGAUUGUGGUUCUGUAGAUGCCCAUAUUAAUUCUAUCACAGUCCAGCAGUGUGAAAAAGAACCAUGUAUCGUCCAUAAAGGCGAGGAUUACACCGUUCUUGUAAAUUUUACAGCAACUCGAACCAUUCAAGAAGCCCAUAAUCAUCUACAUGGUGGUUUAGGAUUUCUCCAAGUUCCGUUCCCUUUGAACCCUGAAAAUGCUUGUGGCAAGAAUGUACCAUGUCCAAUCGAAGCGGGAAACACAUACCUGUAUAAUAACACGAUGACUUGUCCUGACUUUGCUCCUAGUCUACGUGUAGCGGCGAAAUGGGAAAUAAAAGACGAAAAUCAAAAAGAUAUUUUCUGUUUUGCUACGGCUCUACAAAUUGUUUCAUAGUGUAAUACGUACGUGUCUAAUUUAAUUAAUCAUAUUUAACUCAUAAUAUUACGAAAAAAAAGCGUUUGACAAAAAAUCCAUGUUUGACGGUAGAAUAUAUCAUAAUGUUUAUUUUUUGACUAGACACUGUAUACGCUAUUUUUUGAACUGCGCAAAUCAGAUCAGUAAAUAGAUUAGGAUAACGUGCAUGAAAACCUCUGAAAACAAGCUAUUUUCAAUUUUAUUCUCAUGUCAUCUUUUAACUGCAUCAUAUCAUUAUUAUGUGCACGGUUUAAUCAGUCUGUGUCAUAGUGCUAUUGUACUUGCCCCAAUUACAGGGGCUUUAAAUGUUUUAUUUUAGAUAUUCAUGGAGCUGCAGUGUGGUUAUCUAUUACUGAAAAGUUAACUUGAUCAUUCUUUUUUUUUUUUUUUUUUGUUGUUGUUGUUAUCAGGGGAAAUAAAUCACCUGUAACUUCUUCAUUUGAAUUAUGAAGUUACUUCCCUUGCCUCAGUCAUAAUUUAUACUAACGAAAGUUAAGCAUUCUGUUCUACAGGUUCUCCUUUUUUCCUUUUGUUGGUAACCUCACUCUGUAAUAUAUCUACAGUAUUGCAGAUAAUGUAGUCAUAUUUGGUAAUUUAAGUGUAUAUAGUUUGAGAGGAUGGUGCUAAUCAGUUUAUGUCUGAUCUGAUCAGGGGUAAUAAUUGAUAUUUUACAUCCAUUCUUUAAGCUGUGCAUUUUUGUGCCAAUUUUGCUAAUCACUUUUUAUGUAAAUUUCUUAUGGCAGUUUUUAGGCUUGCCCGGGUUAGAUAGUUAAGUCAGGAUUAGCACCAUCAGCUCAAGUUUUUAAACUUAAUUACUAGAGCAAUUGUAUAUCAUAGUUUUACUAAUUAUGUGAAUAUUGAUAGUCUCUUAUAAUUCUGCUGAAGAAUGGUCUUGCAAAUUUUUUUUAAAGUGUAUAAACUAUGGGUUUUUUUAUGAUUGUAUAAUGUAUGCAAGAAUGAGACUUUAAUAAAGAAUAU